AUGGAUUUCCUGGAAAUUGAGUUUGGUGUCCCAAACCAUACAUGGGCAAGAGGGACUUCCUUGGAGACCCGUACCAGUGCUCGCCUCGAUAGUGCUUUAUGUAAUGCUGAUUGGAGCCUCCGCUUUCCUAACGUCACUACAAAAGACCUUCCUGCGGUUCAAUCGGACCACUGCCCGAUUUUAAUCUCUCCGAAUGGGUUUGCACCUAUAGCUUCAAUUAAAAAACCCUUUAAAUUCCAAGCCGCUUGGCUAACUCAUGAUAACUUCCGUGAAUUCAUCGAGACUAAAUGGGAUAAAUCGAGGCCUUUAUUUCCUUUGUUAAAGAAAGUUAGUGAUGAGCUUCAAGAUUGGAAUAGAAAUGUGUUUCAUAAUAUUUUCAAGAAAAAAAGAAAUCUUCUAGCUCGAAUUGGGGGAGUUCAAAAAUGUUUAGCUUCUCAACGUUCGAGGGAUUUAAUUAAGUUAGAGGCUAAACUUCGAAAGGAACUUGAUGAAGUUCUUGAAUAA